AUGGACAAGGUCAAGUCGAUGAGGGUGGCCCAUUUUAUGGACAAGUUGGCGGUGGAGAGUGAGUCGGGGUUGACGAACGCGCAGUUGAUGUUACACAACCAUGAUUUGAAGCCCGUUGAACCGCAACGCCGACAAUGGGGGCCUUGGAAUUUUGUAGGCUUUUGGAUUGCCGAUUCGUUCAAUAUAAAUACCUGGAUGAUUUCCUCCAGUAUGAUAGUAGCGGGCCUAUCAUGGUGGCAGUCAUGGAUCUGUGUAUGGCUGGGUUAUAGUAUCGCCGGCUGCUUCAUCGUCGCAACUGGAAGAAUCGGGGCAGUGUACCACAUCCCAUUCCCGGUGGUCAGCCGUGCCAGCUUCGGGAUCUGGGGCGCUCUAUGGCCAGUUUUCAACAGAGCAGCUAUGGCAUGUAUCUGGUAUGGAGUCCAAUCUUGGAUCGGGGGAAAUUGCGUACGGCUCAUGAUCUCUGCCAUCUGGCCGUCUUUCCAGAAUAUCCACAAUGGUAUCCCAAAUUCGGGCACAAAUACUGCGGACUUCGUCGCGUUCUUCAUCUUCUGGUUCUCGUAUGUUGUGCCUACGGCAGGAGUUGCGUUCUUCAUCUGGGCCGUCGUCCGAGCUCAUGGGCUUGGUCCAAUCGUUCACCAACCGAAUACUGCUCACGGUUCUGCGUUGGGAUGGGGAAUGGUUUCCGGGAUCAUGUCAUCCAUUGCCAACUUUGCCACUCUCAUCGUGAAUGACCCCGAUUUUUCCCGCUUUGCCCGCAAGCCCAAGGAUGCAUUUUGGUCCCAGCUGUUCGCGAUCCCCAUUAGUUUUGCAGUGACAUCUUUCAUCGGGAUAAUUGUCUCGUCGUCGUCGACCGUCAUCUUCCACGGUGAUCCGAUUUGGAAUCCCCUAGACCUGCUCCAAGCGUUCCUCGACGAAGGAAGCUCCAAAAACCGCGCUGGCGUCUUCUUCAUCGGCAUGGCUUUCGCACUCGCCCAACUGGGUACGAACAUCGCUGCCAACAGCGUCUCUGCCGGCACAGAUAUGACCGCCCUCCUCCCCCGCUAUCUGAACAUCCGCCGGGGAGGUUACAUCUGCGCAUUAGUAGGCCUCGUGAUGUGCCCGUGGAAUUUGCUCUCCAGCUCCAACAACUUCACCACCUAUCUCUCCGCCUACUCCGUUUUCCUCUCUUCCAUCGCCGGCGUUAUCAUCUGCGACUACUACGCCGUCCGUCGCGGCUACCUCGAGAUCAAGGAACUCUACUCCGCCAGACAAAAUUCCCCAUACUACUACAGUUUUGGUUUCCACUGGCGCGGCUAUACCGCAUACAUCGCUGGUAUCCUCAUCAACAUCGUUGGAUUCGUUGGAGAAAUCGGCAAGCCUGUCCCUAUGGGCGCCACUUAUAUCUAUAGGUUGAAUUUCUUCUGCGGAUUUAUUGUCGCCGGAGGGUCUUACUGGCUGCUGUGUAAAUUCUUCCCUGUGUCAGCAACGAGCGAUGUGUGGAUGGAAGUUGGUGAUACUAUCGAGGAUAUCAGAGUGGGCUAUGGAGAUAUGUCAAGUACGGGGAGCGUGUAUGAUGAGGAGCGGGGUGUAAAGGGCGAAUACAAGGGCGCGGAAAUAGGGGAUACGGGGAAGGCUCUUUAA